CGUUCUGUCAUGUCGUCUGUUUAUGUUCGCCCAGCUCUUGUCAUCCCGUUAAUCUUGCUGAUCUUGUGCCCAUCCUGUGCAAUCGAUGAUUUCUAUCCUAGCCGGAGUGCGUAAGUAAUCUCGUUAAGCAAGGCGUUACGCUUUAAACCGUAGCUUUUCGUCUGAAUAUUGUACAUAUGCUGUAGCGUGCAGGGCUGCCUAUGUACAGUUGUGAGCAAUGCCUAAAGUCAGUGACAAGCGACACAUUUACCACAAGGCGUAUAGGCAGUCAGAUAGGACAUUGGCUGCUUGUCAUGUAGAAAGGGAGCCGACGGGCGCUGGUCCUUCGACCGCAGCCAGCCCUUUAAGUGAAUCGUACGUAGGUCGUAGUGAAAGUGACAUACCCAGCGACGCUUCACCAGUUUCAUCAGAUAGCACAAGCCUCCCUGAAGAGUCUGAUGAGGAGCUACAGCCCACUCUAGUGCACGUCAGUAGAACGGAACCGAAUACUUUGUCCGACAUUGCACAUAGUGUAAAUGUACUUUCCGUUGGAUCUAUAGACAGGGACUUGGUAACGACAUCAGAAGUAUCUACAGAUCUCUCGAUCCUGGAUAGAAUACGAGUUUGGGCUGUGAACCACAAUGUAACUCAUGCAGCAGUGACGGCUUUGCUGAAGGUGCUCAGAACUCAUCCUGCCCACGCUGAUUUUCCCUCUGAUGCCCGUACGUUACUAGGAACACCACGUAACACAGGAGCGAAGAUUUCUCCCCUAUGCAAUGGCAAGUACUGCCACUUUGGGGUAGCAGCAGGUCUUCAGUCACUCUUCAACAUCUCGGACUGUUUGCCUUCAGUUUUGCAGCUUAUCAUAAGCAUCGAUGGCCUCCCCAUCAGCAAAAGCUCGAAACUUCAGCUGUGGCCCAUUCAGUGUACAGUCAAGCACUCUUGUAAGAGUGCAGUAUUCCUGGUUGGUGUCUACGCAGGGACAGAAAAACCUGCUUCCGCAAAUGAGUUUUUGAGUCCAUUAGUUAGCGAUCUCAAACAGUUGUGUUCGGACGGGAUAACGAUUAAUGAUCAAACCAGCCGUGUCGUAAUUGAGAGCUUUGUAUGCGAUUCCCCAGCUCGUGCAUUUGUGCUUUCUACGAAGGGACACAAUGCACGUUCAGGGUGCCCCAAGUGCACUGUGUAAGGUGAAUACAAAGUAAACCGGAUGUGCUUUGUGGACAUGAACGCACCACUGAGAACAGAUGAGAGUUUCCGCGAACAGCAGGAUUCAGACUACCAUAAGGGCACAUCUGUUCUAACUGAACUCGAAAUUGACUGUAUUUCUGCUGUGCCCCUUGAUUACAUGCAUUUGAUAUGCUUGGGGGUUAUGAGGAAGCUGCUAUUGUUGUGGACCAGCAACCCUAUGACAGCAGUUGGGCCAGGUGAUAGGCAAACCAUAUCCGAAUUGAAUAGCUCUCUUGCAGCGCACAUGCCAGUAGAAUUUUGUAGAAAACCGAGGUCUCUGCAGGAGCUAGACCGCUGGAAGGCGACAGAGUUCAGGAUGGUACUCCUUUACACUGGACCUUGCAUUUUGAAAGGCAAUUUGCCAAGUGACAUGUACACGAACUUUGUUGUCCUUCAUUGCGCAAUAUCCAUACUUGCCAAGGAAGGACUCAGUCAAGAUCAUUGUAGCUAUGCUGACUCUCUCCUGCGCUUGUUUGUUGCACGGUUUGCGCAACUAUAUGGUGAUCAUCACGUGUCACUAAAUGUCCACUGCUGCGUACAUCUGGCUAAAGACGUGCAAAACCAUGGGGCGUUAGACACUUUCAGUGCAUUCCCAUUUGAAAAUAACAUGAAGUUUUUGAAGCGACAUCUGCGGAAGUACGAAACACCUCUAGAGCAGCUCUACAACAGGUUUGCUGAAAGACAGAACACGUUGGCAGUAUGUAGACAAUUGUCAGCAGGUGUUGAACUUCGCCACCCACAUUCGUCUGGACCAUUGCUGCCAGAAUGCACAGGCCCACAAUUCAGCACUGUAAAACUUCGUGGUUGUACCUUGAAAGUUACUGAAGGUGACAACUGCUGUGCAGUAGGGCAACAUAUAAUUCAGAUAGAGAACUUUGCUACUUUACGGUCCACACGGGAGGUCUGCAUUUUAGGUCGUGAAUUCCGUGUCAAAGAAGACUUGUAUGUGAAACCAUUUGCAUCAUCACGUAUUGGAGCCCAUGUAGUAUCUCACCUAUCUCAGCUAAAAUGUUGGCCACUCACUGGGGUGAAAAAAAUGGUGAAGCUUCCGUUCAGGGGACAUCACGUAGUCAUGCCAUUGCUACAUGGAUUAUUUCAGUGAGUGGUGUAACAGUUGACUGCCGUUACCUGAACCCAGAUUAUGGUGCAUUGAUUUAUUAUUAUUGUCCUAGAGCUUUUGUAUUUGUUUGCAUCGGUACUGUUGUUGUACAUUUCUCGAUCUAUCUCACAUGUAUUUGUCUUUUUUGUUAAGUGCUCUUGAGAUUCUUUAAAAGGCCCCUGUGACAACAUCUCUCAACGUGUGGGAAUGUUUGCAAUUGCGCACUUCGUUGAACGCAAUGAGAUUGAAGUCGUUCCUGCCACUUGGAUUAGUGGAACCCUGUGUAAGUGGCCUCAGGGUUCUACCGAUAGGGCUAAGCGACUCAUCUUGAAAGCAUGUCCUCCUGAAGACACCUGGGUCAGCUACAAAGUCAUCGUCCGGGGUAUUUACUCUACGUAUGCAGAAGCUCGAAGAAAGUUAAACGAUCUGCAGUACCAUUCGGAUGUCAACUCUGAAGCUGAAAUGAACACAAGAAAACGAAAUCGUCUUCCGCCUAAACGUUUUUGCGAGGAAUCGUCCGAAGAAUCUGAUGGGGACAAAAACCAAAAUGUACCCCCCUUCCCUCCUGAAAAGUCUGGAGAAAAGGGACGCCAUGGUAGUCUAUCACAAAGGAACUCCGCAGAGCAUGUAGGAAAAUCGAAAAAAAGGAGGCCACCUCCUUUGCUGGAAGAAACUGACGAGGAAGACCUUUUGCUAGAUGUGCCACCUGACUUUCCAUCGCAGUGUCCAUCUUCCUCUAACCUGCAGUACUCAGGAGAGCAAAGCCAGUGCCCACCUUCUUUGCCAAAUGAAAAUCCCGAGGAGAACAAUGGACCUGGUAUCACAGCUUCACAGGGAGUGUUCACAGAGCAUGUAGCAAGAU